AGAUAAUUUCUGUGUUUGCGAAGGAUACAGCAUACCUCGUUGUCUACUGUAUGAAAUGUAUCUAGAGAAUUGCACUCAGAAGGCUCAGAAUCAAGUAAAUCCAGCUACAUUUGGAAAGCUUGUUCGCUUAGUUUUCCCAGAUCUGGGGACCAGAAGGCUGGGCACAAGGGGAAGUGCCAGGUAUCACUACGAUGGAAUACAUAUUAAGAAGAGCUCUUUCUUCUAUGCACAUUAUUGCAAUCUUCUGUCUGAAAAAAAAUAUCACAGUGGAGAUGGUUCCAGUUGUGAGGAUGUAGCAAAUUGUGAGAGCAACGGCUACAGAAAAGGAACAUCUGAUAUCAGCUUCCAGACAGAGAGAGACAAAUUUGGAACCCCUUUGCCUGAAUUCAAGAGAUUUUCUUCUUGGGAGCAAGAAUUAGGAAAGACACACUCCUAUAAAGUUGUUGCGUUACUUGCUGAUGAGUAUUGUAACUACUGUCAGGAUGUUUUACAGAACUUGCGAAACAAAGAACUUGACCAGGUGGAAAACCUUAUCAUGUCUUUCUGGAAGUCUUUGCAGCCUGAAACAAUAAUGCUUAUGUCACUGCCAGAUGUAUGCCAGCUGUUUAAAUGCUAUGAUAGACAGCUGUUCAAGGAAAUGGAGAGCAUUCUCCUUGAUGACUUCCUGGAAGAUGUUUCUAUACAAUAUUUGAAGUCAGUCAGAUUGUUCAGUAAAAACGUUAAACUUUGGCUGCUCACUGUUUGGGAAGAUCUUCCACUAUUACUACGGAUUUCCAAAAUAAAAGAAGUUACGGUGUUUGUAAAAAGACUAAGAAGAAAAACGUAUCUUUCAAAUAUGGCAAAGACAAUGAGAAUAGUCUUGAACAACAACAGCAGAGUUACUGUUUUAAAAUCAGACUUGAAUGCCAUUAUCAACCAGGGAAUUGUGGACAUUCCUGGAAAUUCCUUGCAAAAGAAGUUUAGAAACAUGGAUGAAAUGGAAAGUGACAUGGAGCUCAAAUGCCUGAAUAACUUGAUUUCCUUGCUGGACACUUCCACUGAUGUUAGGGUUUUCCUGAACUGCAUGUCUUCAAAUCUUCAAGCUUUUGUCAUUCAGCCAAGCAAGAAUAAAGAAGAGUUUAGAAAACUAGCAGCUAACUUCCAACUGAGAUGGAACUUUCUCUUAACUGCAGUAAGCAAAGCUAUGACAUUAUGCCAUACAGAGAGCUUUGGAUCCUGGCAUUUGUUUAAUUUGCUACUUUUGGAAUAUGCUAUUCACAUUCUCCAGUCCCAUAUAGAAGAGGAAGGAGAUGGAACUCUCUCAGGAACGCAGCAAAAAGAUUCAUUUACCCAGCUAGCUCAUGAACCUACUCACCUCUGGGACAAUUUUUCUGCUGAGCAGUUUCAAGCCAGAGCCCCAGAGCCAACUCAUGUAACUCUGACACAGAGCCAGAGUGAUGUUAAUUUAAACAGCAUUAUUCUCAGGGUCCUGAGCUGUCUGGUAGACUCAGCCACAGGCAACAAGCUCAUCCAGGUCAUUUUGGAAGACAAAGCCACUAAAAGUUCAGUUAAACUAAAUCUUCCAGUUGGGAAGGAAGCACUUGUUACUCUAAAAGAUGGACAGAAAUUUAUUAUUCGCACCUGUGAUGCACAGCAAAGUUGCACUAGUGUUUGUUUCAGGAAAAUCCAAACAGAUGUAUAAGAAUUGUUCAGAAGCGAUUUAUUGUAUUUACCUGUAUGCUUAAUAUAGAUUUAAUUUUUUUUUCAUUUUUCUGUGAAAUGAAAGGGCUUUUUAAAAUAUUUUUAAAUAUUAGCUACAGAAGUGUGUUAAAGUAUUUAUUUAAAGCUUUUAUGUAUUUAACUGUUUGGCUUAUUUGAGUAAAUAUGUAAG